CGUGACAGUUCAUUUGUCAAACGGUCGAGUGUGUUUUUAUUUAUCUUUUUGUUUUGCGUAGAGGCUCCAGAAUCUGUUUAUUUGAGGAGUGACUUCGUGUACUCCGAUUUCAAGAGGAAAUUCAUAACUCACAAUCAUGGAAAUUGAGAAAGAGGAGAAUAUCAUCGUUCGGUACAUUCCUCAAUACAUCGUAAUUGAAACUCGGUACAAGCCGCUGGAAACGUAUGUUGACCCACAACCAGUUUCACAAACUGUACGCAACAGCGUAAAAUAUGAAAGUGAGGCUAGAAUUGAAUCGGAAACUUCACUUCAAGACGUCCAGUCCGAUCAAUACUAUGCCAUCGACGAUGAUGACAACGAAUGUGCAGAAUUAAAACAAGAGAACUUUGAGGAUGACACCAAUGACGGUGGGGUACACUCGAAACUGAGUCCAACAAAGCGAAAUUGCAAUAGCAAAUCCAGACGAUUGCUAAAUGAAUGGUUCAUGAGUAAUCUGCAGAAUCCUUACCCCACCGAAGAGCAAAAGGAAGUCCUAAUGUCACAGACAAAUAUGACUAAAGUUCAGGUGAACUACUGGUUCAUCAACAAACGGAAAAGGAACAAACAUCUCCUGAAUAAUACAAAGAAAGCAACCGGCGAUAUUGAUCUACUUGACGAUGUAGAAAAUGCACUUCUAAGCGAUGCCGUGCCCGACACUGCCGGUACCACUGUUGAACUGGAAGUAACCAUACAAUCAGAUUCGGUGCGAAAACGUCGACGAAAAAAAGCGAUUGCUGAACAGGGUCAACUACCCGAGAUAUGUGAUGUGUGCGGCAAAUCGUUCGGUCAACGUUACAUGUUGCAAUCGCAUUUGAAACGGCAUGAUCCAAGUACGUGGGAAGUGUGCCACAUUUGUAAGAAAAGUUUUCCGGAUGGUUUGAAGCGUCAUAUGCGUGUCCAUUCCGGUGAAAGGCCUUACGUUUGCCACAUCUGUGGCGCUUCGUAUAAACAAGCCUACGGCUUGACGAUGCACAAAGCAAUACACAACGAGUCGGGUGAAUUAUUUUACUGCGACACUUGCAACAAAGGUUACAGGAGUAAAUACACUCUGAAAGACCACUUGAAACUGCACUACCGUGUUAGGAACGAUGACUCAGCCUUAGUGGUGAUGAAAAGUACCUGGAAACCGGCCAAAGUUUGCACAAUUUGUGGAUUCGAAACGUACAACAUAAGAUCGCACAUGAUAGCCCGCCAUUCAACGUUACGUCCAUUCAAAUGUGAAAUUUGCCCCGAAACGUUCAAAUUCAAGAAAGAUCUGCAAACGCAUUACGCCUACCAUUCGGACGAAAUGAACUUCCACUGCGACGAAUGUGAGAAACGGUUCAAAACCAAACGGAAAUUGGUCAUACACAAACGGAUACACACGAACGAAAAAUCGUACGUCUGUGAGGUAUGCGACCGGUCGUUUCUGGUUAGCACAUACUUGAGGAAGCAUAUGAGAGGACAUACGGGUCAACGGAAGCGGCACGCUUGCACGGAGUGUUCGAAAGACUAUUCGGGAAUAACGGAUUUGCGGCGCCAUUUGGAAAAGGAGCAUGGGAUUAAGGUUCAACCGAAUCCAAAGUAUUCAAAUAACAACAUGACUAAGAAGUAUAAAGUGACAUAACCGGAAAGAAUCGUUUUUUAGAAUAAAUUGUUUUGGCA